AUGUCGCGAAGGUACGACUCCCGGACCACGACCUUCUCGCCCGAGGGGCGCCUCUUCCAGGUCGAGUAUGCCAUGGAGGCCAUCUCGCACGCCGGCACCGUCGUCGGUAUCCUGGCCAAGGACGGCAUCGUGCUGGCGGCCGAGAAGAAGGUGACUUCGAAGCUGCUCGAGCAGGACCAGUCGUCGGAGAAGAUCUUCCACGUCUCGGACAAUGUCAUGGCCGGCGUGGCGGGCAUCACGGCCGAUGCCAACUCGCUCGUCAACUACGCGCGCAACGCCGCGCAGCGCUACCUCGGCACCUACGACGACGACAUCCCCGUCGAGCAGCUCGCCCAGCGGCUGUGCGACCUCAAGCAGGGCUACACCCAGUACGGCGGCCUGCGUCCCUUUGGCGUGUCCAUCCUCUACGCCGGCUACGACGACCACCACCACUUCCAGCUCUACCACUCUGACCCCUCGGGCAACUACUCGGGAUGGAAGGCCACGUGCAUCGGCAGCAACAACGGCACCGCCACCAGCCUCCUCAAGCAGGACUACAAGGACGAGAUCGGCAUCCAGGAGGCCAUGGGCCUGGCGGUCAAGGUGCUCAGCAAGACGAUGGACUCGACCUCGCUCGAUAGCGAGAAGCUCGAGUUUGCGACAUUGAGCCUCAACCCCAAGACUGGCAAGCCGCUGACGAGCAUCUUUAAGCCCAACGACAUUGACCGGCUACUCGAGAGGCACGGCCUGGCCAAGGCCAAGGAGGGCGAGGCGGCAGCGACGGGCGCAUCAGCGACGGCCGCGGCGACGCCGGGCGACGCCAUGGCCAUCGACUCGUAG